CUCUCAAAGCGGAUGACGUUCUCUGCAACUGCAAAGGCCGUUGGUUGGAGGACCGAGGCCAGCCAUUGAGUAGGAAUGCAGGAUGACAUCUAGGAAGCCUCUGCAAGAACAGCAUCUGGAAGUUGGUUCGGUGCUUUCUUCAGCUCGUUGCAGAAGGUAGAUCAGGAUCAGAUGACGACGCAGCCAAAAAAUUAUCGACGAGACAGAGAAGAGACCACAGACCUGCUGGACCUUUCAUUCAACGAACUCACAUGAUGGUUUGCUCUGCCGAUUUUACGGUGUGUGUGCGUGCGUGGCAUAUAAGCCCAAAGCCCAAUAAAUUUCCAGCAUCCAGAGCCCAACGAGUCAGAACACAGGGCCUUCGCAGCCCCGCGAAGAAAGCAAAGCAGCCGACCUGCUGACCAGCGGAGAGUCCAGGACCCAACCGGAGCCACCAAGGAGGGAGGAAUGGAAGCCGCCGGAGCAGGCACGCCCACGCCCACGCAGCCGCCGGCGCCGCACCCGGCGGUGGCUCCGCUGGCGUUCCUUCUGGGCAAGUGGCGCGGGGAAGGCGAGGGCAGCUUCCCUACCAUCUCCUCCUUCCGCUACGGCGAGGAGCUCCUCUUCUCGCACCACCCCUCCAAGCCGGUGAUCUCGUACACGCAGAAAACGUGGAAGGCGGCGUCCGGCGAGCCGAUGCACGCCGAGAGCGGGUACUGGCGGCCCCGCCCAGACGGCUCCGUCGAGGUGGUCAUCGCGCAGAGCACAGGCCUCGCCGAGGUUCAGAAGGGUUCAUAUGAUGCUGAAAAGAAAACGGUGACACUCCAAAGCGAACUUGUAGGCAACGCGUCAAAGGUGAAGCAGAUCACCAGAGCUUUUCAAGUAGCAGAUGGGGAGCUCUCGUAUGUCGUUCAGAUGGCAACAAUCACAACUAGCCUACAGCCACAUCUCAAGGCCCUUCUCAAAAAGAUUUGAAGAUGGUUGAAAAUCUGCAGUAGCGUGGCCUCUUCGCUAACAAGAGGGUGGUUGUCCUGAGCAUAUGCUGUUCCAUUCAUUACUAUCGGGGAAGUCAAAGUUCAAUAAGCUCUUAGAUACCUCACAUUCAACAGUCAACAUAGUUUUUUUUUUAGUGUUUGGUUCAGUGGGACCUUGAUGGUUAAUAUCACCCCAUUCUGAUGUUUGAUUCAAGAGGUGGGAUGAGUUGAUCCAUCAAUAAGCCUGAGCCCCUGCAAUUCGUUCUGAUAAGUAAACCUUUCCAGUGUUUCAGCGAAUGUUUUUGAGUUAGAUAAACCGCUUAACAAUGAGGGGAGCAGAUGAAUUGAAGUGGCCCAUGUUUCACUGAA